AGGAGCAUUGGCGAUCCCUCACGCACGGCCGUUGUCAGCAUCACGGUUGUCUUCAUUUUAAUUAUAAGCCAUAUUAUUAUUAAUCAAAACUUAUAUCAUCUUACCCUUCUCAUCCGCCAUCUCUAUGGACCUUCUGUUUACACAUCCCACGUCUCUAGCCACGGCAACAUCGGAUCAUGCUUCUUAAUUCGGCACUCCUCAGCCCACUGGGCUUGUUGCUCGUAAGCGCGAUAGGGGCUCGUGGUGUUAGUGUGCAAUACGACUCAUCAAUCCCAAUAAAUCAGCGCAGCGCUCAGGAGGUCAUCGCGCAACUCAAACUCAUCCCUAAUGACGAGAAAGGCUAUUAUGUGCAGACCUUUGAGGACACUGACUUGGUUACAAGAAGCUCAGGCAAUAGCACUCGGUCUGCCAGCACCGCCAUUUACUAUCUGCUCGAAGGCGCGGUGGGAUCAUCUUACUGGCAUCGUGUCGACGCUGUCGAAGUUUGGCACUACUAUGCAGGCGCACCGCUGACUUUGUCGCUAUCAAACAACGAUGGCAAGCCCCCGGUGGACAAGGUGCUCGGACCAGACGUCUUCAACAACGAGCAGCCGCAGGUAGUCAUUCCGAAAGGGACAUGGCAAAGUGCCCUUUCAAGUGGGAAGUGGACCCUAGUCGGCACUACCGUGGCCCCAGGUUUCGUCCCAGAUGGCGUAGAACUUGCACCACCUGAUUGGAAACCGGAUGGAGCAUAAGUAUGGGAUACAAAGUGUAAGAGCACGUGUUGAUACUUGGCACAAAAUACCUAGGUAUCUUAUAUAAAUGUCACGGAAUCAAUAUCGGAGUUUAUAUCGUGGAUUUAGCUAAAUAUUCAUACACGUUUAUGCUUCUAUAUCUACUUGUCUUACACUAGGUGUUUUACAAAAUGCAAAUGUUUUUCCUUGGCACCCAUAUCCCUUCCCCAAG